AUGGAAACGACCAGUACAGGGAGGACUCAGUGGAGGCCGCGCAGCCAAGAGCCAGAGCCAGAGCCAGAGCAGCGUUGGGAAGAGAGCAAAGCACUUGUGUUGUUAAGCCCUGAUUUCGGGACUGCUUGGAAUUCCAGAAAGUUAAUCAUAUCGAAGAAGACACAAGCGUCAAUGUUCACUGACGAGCUCCGCUUGUCUGCCCUUGUCCUUUCGUAUUCACCCAAGAGCGAGCAAGCAUGGAGCCAUAGGAGGUGGGUGAUCAAGAAUAUGGCCAAAAAUCGUACAACUUUGCAAGAGAUUCUGAGGGAAGAAUAUGACCUGGUGGAGAAGAUAGCAGAGGUGAUACAGGAACAGAAGCAAUCCAAAACGUGGGUUGGGUUACAUGUUGCUGAUCAUUCUUGCUUUCAUUAUCGCAUGCGGCUAAUCUUCAGAAUUUUAGAGGAUUGCUGUCGUAAGCAAGAAGAGGGGUCUUGUGAUUCUUGUGUUGAAGUUUAUCUGAUCUGGCAGGAGGAGCUUGACUGGAAUGAAGAAUUAAUAAAGCGUUAUUUAGGAAGGGAGGCUCUAUGGCUCUACCGUCGCUUUCUCUCCUUAUUAUGGAUAAGACAUUUCACAAGCGAUAUCAACGACGUGUCUUCCUCACAAAAAAGCCAAUCUAGCAUCCAAGUGAACGUCAGUGUGUUUUUGGAUAAGGAGUUGCUCCUCGUCAAUUCAUGCUCGGAAGGAAGUGAUGAUGAGUUUGAAGAUUUUGAAGAACAAGCAAUUUGUUCAGCAUCUUACAUGUUAUGGUUGACAAAGCAAAUCCCUGAAACCCAGAAGUUAGAACUGAGGGAGAAGAUAGAGAAUGAGAGCCUGGACGCCAUGUUGAAGUUGGUGUCCCUGAGAGGUCCUCCAUUUGGGGCUAUCUAAGAUUAGUAAGUCUAUUUGGCUGCCAUGUACGCUGGAAGUGGAUGGUAUUAAGUUGUUGGACGAAGUGUAAAGGUAACAAACUACAGUAACAAAUAACUGAAUAGUUGUCCACUUAAAAAUGAUCAUGAUUUCGCUCGUCUUUGUUUUGUCAAAUGACUCAAAACAUGAAUGGGCGGCGUUGCAGUUACAGCUGGAAGAAUUUAUGUUACCCCGAGUCCCA